CGAAAAUACAAAACAACGGAAUACGCACUCAGUUCACAGUUACCUUCGCAAAAUGUCAGACAAUCGCGCACAGAGGUCGUGUUCAUUCAUAGGCAUGUGACUAUGCUAUCAGAAGUAUUAAUACAUAUUGUUUAAAUAUUCAAUAUGGAAGUACUCAAGGAAUGUUCAGCAUACUUAAGUAAUUAUGAAGUUCUAAAUAUUCUACAAAGUAUAAAAGCAAAUAAAAAACAAAAAAUGAAACAAAAUCAAUUGGCAAGUAUAACAUAUCAAACUAUCAGAUAUUUAGAAAAUACUUCAUGUAAAAUCCAAUCUCCAGAAAAAAUUAAAGACUUUUUAAGAGCAAUGGAACCUUUCAAACUUACAAAAUGUGAAAUAUUAACUCUUUUGAAUGUAUGUCCUAAAACACCUCUUGAAAUACAACUGAUUGUAGAAGAUAGCGAAGAUCGUUUGACUGAUGAAGAAGUAGAUUCUUUACUUCAAGUAGUAGCAAAUUAUUUAAAUGAAAAUGAACAAGAUGGAUAAUAUGGUUUUUCUAUUUUAAUUUUACAAAUUUUUUAAAAACAUUUUAUAUAUUUUAUGUACAUUUUAUUUAUAGCAAAUAAAGAAAUGAAAAUGGUAUAAUAUUAAAUACAUUAUGCAAAUAAA